AUGGAUAAUAAGACACAUUUUUUCUAAAUAAAGGCCAUUUUCUAAAAGAAUUUGUUAUGCUCCUUUAGAAAUAAAGAAUUUUUAGCAGAAACUCUAAUUCCUUUUAUAUGUGGAUUGAGUUUGGCUGCAAAAGAUAUCGAUGGAACUUAAUUGAUACAAUUUUUUUCUCCUUUUUUUUUUGCUUUGGCUAUCUUUUCAAAUCCAAGAUCACUAUUGAUACAUUUAUGUGAAGAGAAAGAACUCAAAUUUAAAGAAACACAAAAGGUAAUAAUAUUUAUUAAUAGUAGAUUAUGGGUUUGAAACAAAAUUCAUAUUUAAUUGGAUGGAUGCUAUAUGCUUAUUGUAAAACAUUAAUGGUAUAAUACUAAUAUAUAUUGAAUAGUCUAUGAUAAUAUUUUUUUUUUCUUGGGUUUUGUUUGGAUAUAUAAUGAAUGAGAGACAUAAUCGAAACAUAUAUGGAUUUGAUGAUGACACAGAAUGGUAUAUAAUAUUUGGACUUUACUUCAUUUAUGCAACAGCUUUGAUACAUUAUUCAAUGUUUUUAACAACAUUUUUUUCAAAAUCAAAGACUGCUAAUGAAAUUACAACAUUUUUAUUAGUUGUAUCAUUAAUAUUACCUUUUUUUGGAUUUGUUGAUAAGUUUUAAAGGUAUUUUAAUAUCAUUUAUAAUAUAUUAGUACUUUCUUUUUUAUCUUAAUAUCCAUAUUUCCAUAAACAUGUAUUGCACUUUCAUAUUUAUCAACACAAUAUGGAGCAUAUAGAUAUUUGAAUUAUUCACUUUAGGAAUAUUUUUAUCAUGGAGCAAUGGCAAUAGAAUUAGCAAUAUUGUCAAUUGUAUUUUUGUUAUUGUAUUUUUAUUUUGAUGCUAUAAUCCCUAAUGAAUAUGGAAUUGCAAAACAUCCUUUAUUCUUUUUAAAUUUUACUAAAAACAAAAGGGAAAAAAGAAAAGUAGAUUUAGAGAAUCCAUUAAUAGAAUAAGAUAAUGUAGCUUAAUCAACAUUUAAUGAUGAUAGUUCAAGUGCAUUUUAUCAUGAGCCUAGAAAUUAUUUAAAUAUUAAACCUUCAGUUAAGAUAAGAUCAAUAGUAAAAAAAUUUGGAAAUUUUACAGCUGUAGAUUAAGUUAGUUUGAAUUUAUAUUAAAAAGAAAUCUUAUGUUUAUUGGGACAUAAUGGUGCUGGGAAAACAACAACAAUAAAUGUAUUAACAGGAUUAUUGAGUUUAACAGGAGGGAAGGUUUAUGUGUAUGAUUAAGAAUUAGAGAGUAAUUUAGAAGAGAUUAGAGAGAGGAUUGGAAUAUGUAAUUAAAGGGAUGUUUUAUAUGAUGAAUUAACAGUUAAAGAAUAAUUAUAAUUUAUGGGAAGAGUGAAAGGUUUAGAAGGUAAUGAUUUAGAAUAAGAAAUAUCAUAAAUAUUGUCUACAACAUUAUUAACAAAUGAAUAAGAGAAAAUAACAAAGACUUUAAGUGGAGGAAAUAAAAGAAAAUUAUCUUUAGCAUAAGCAAUAAUAGGAGGAUCAAAUGUAUUAUUUUUAGAUGAACCAACUUCUGGAAUGGAUGCUUAAACAAGAAGAGGAAUUUGGGAAAUAUUGGAGAAAGUUAAAUAAGAGAAUAGAACUCUUGUUCUUACAACUCAUCAUUUAGAUGAAGCUGAAGAAUUGGCUGAUAGAAUUGCUAUUAUGGCUGCUGGUAAAUUACUUGCUUGUGGUAGAAGUGAAUAUAUAAAGUAGAAUUUUGGGGAAGGAUAUUCAAUUUCAAUUACUAUAUUAGAUAAAUCUAUAGAUAAAGAAUAAAUAAUUAAUUUUACUUAAUAAAAUUUACCAUAAGCAGCUUUAGAUCCUUAAUCAUCAUAACUUACUAUAUUAUUUAAAAUUAAAUUUAAUUAGAAAAAAUAUUUACUUAAUUAUUUUUAGGCAUUGGAAAAAUAAUUUGAAAAUAGACUUUCUGUUAAUUUUAGGAUAAAUUCACUUGAAGAUGCAUUUAUAAAUAUUGGAAUGGAUGAAGAGAAGUUUUUAGAAAGAGCUAAAAAAAUGAUUGAAGGAAGAACUAGUGUCAAUGAAGAUAGAGAUAGUAUUAUUGGAACUGAUUAAUUUGCUGAACUUAAAUCUAAAGUUCCUGUUCCUGAUUGUUUGAAUAGAGGUAAUUAAUUAUAAAUAUAUAAUAUAUAGAACCUGUCUAUUCAUUUAAAGAGUAAACAUUGGCUAUAUUUUUGAGAAAAUAUUAUACAACUAUUAGAACAUUCAGUAAUUAUUUAGCUAUUAUUAUUCCAUUUGCAUUAAUUGUAACUGGAAUUGUUGUUAUAGGAGAAAUGGAUUUAGGAGAAGAAAAUGAAGGAACAAAAGUAUUUAGAAUGAUAUUCUUCUCAAUUUUUGCUAUUAUUGCACUUUGUUUUAAUUCAUCUUUAUUUAUUAUGCAACCUGUUUUAGAAAGAGAAACAAAUCUAAAAUAUGCUUUAGUAGCUAUGGGUUGUAGACCAUUGCCUUAUUGGUUUGGAACUUUUUUAUUUGAUUUUACAAUUUAUUUUGGAAUGAUCUUUAUAAUCAUUUUGAUUUCACUAUCCUAUGAAUUUCUAAGUGAAAAAAUUGGUAAGAUUAUUUUUAUAUUCAUAUCAUUUGGAUUAUCAUUUAUUAUGUUUUCUUUCCUUAUUGGAACAUUAUUAUAUGAAAAAGCAUCAAAAGCUAUGAAAACAUUCCCAUUUUUAAAUUACUUUGUUUUCUUCGCUCUUCCAUUAAAUGUUUGGCUUAUUGUAGCCUUGAUAUUUAUGAAUGGAAAUGAUUCUGAUAAAUUAUCAAGUGGAUAAUCAAUUGUAAUUAAAAUUGUAGAUUUGAUAUGUUCACUCAUAAGUCCAUUUUAUUCAUUUUUCUAAGCAAUUACAAAAACUAUAGACCUUUAAGGUGGAAGUGUACCUUAUAUAUCAAAAGAAUAUUGGUUUUAUUGUUUAAUCAUGCUCCUUUAAACAUUUGGAUUCUUUUAUUUUAAUAUCUUUAUAGAAAAAAAGAAAUACUUUAAAGGGAUUUCAUAAACUAAUCAAAGAUGUAAUAAUUAUAUUCCAGCUUAAAUAAAUGAUCCAGAGGUUCUUAAAGAAAUUGAAUAAUUUUCUCAAGGAAAUAAGAUUUGUCCUAUUAAAGUUGUACAUUUACAAAAAUAAUACAAUCCAACCUAGUUUUUGGCUGUCAAAGAUAUAACAUUUGGAGUUGGAUAGAAUGAAAUUUUAGGUUUGUUAGGUCCAAAUGGUGCAGGUAAAUCUACUACUUUUAAUAUAUUAACUUCAUUGAUUUCUAAAUCUUCUGGAAGUGUUAAAAUUAAGGAUGUUGAAAUAGAUAGAACUAAAUCUGAUGUUUUUAGAGACACUGGAAUUUGUCCUUAAUUUGAUUGUCUUUGGGAGAACCUAACACCUAGAGAACAUCUUUAUUUAUUUGGAAGAAUGAAAGGUUUAAAUGGAAAUGAUCUUGAUUAAAGUGUAGCCUACUUUUUAAGUACCAUGUAAUUAGAGGAAUAUAUCUAUCGAAAAUCUGGAUUACUCUCAGGAGGAAAUAAGAGAAAACUUUGUGUCAGUAAUGCACUUAUUGGAGGACCAAGCAUUUAAUUCUUUGAUGAACCAAGCACAGGAGUUGAUCCUAUUGCAAGAAGAUUUUUAUGGAAAACUCUCAGAUAAGGCGUCAAAUUAAGAUAGAGUUCAGUGGUUUUAACAACUCAUACAAUGGAUGAGGCAGAGAGUCUAUGUGAUAGAAUAGCUAUUAUGAUUAAUGGAGAAAUAUUUUGUUUAGGUAAUCCAAAAGAACUGAGAGAUAGAUAUGGAGAAGGAUAUAAUGUUUCAAUUAGAAAUCCUAGCAGUAGAGAAUAAAUAUUAAAGAUUAUAUAAGAAUAAUAUUCAGAAGCUAAGGAAAGUUAAGAAACUCAUGAGGAAUAUUAAUCUAUACAUGUAUAGAAUAUUUAUUAUUAAUUAGAUACCUACCCAUUAAUUUUAAUUUAUUAAGGUUUUUUAAUUGUUAUCAGAAUUAGAAUCAAAAAAUUAUAUCAAAGAUUUUACUAUAAAUUAAUCAACUUUGGAAUCAGUAUUUUUAUAGUUUUCUUAACUUUAAUAGUAAUAAUAGGUUUAAUGA